CGGCCCUGGCCGGGAAGAGGAGUUGCAUGUGUCAGUUCAGCUGGAGGGAGCGGCGGGAGCGGAGGCGGCGGGAGCUGUGCAACCGCNNNGGUGUGUGAGAUGGCUACUGACCUUUCUGAUUCCAGCGGGCCUGACUGUAAAGGAGACCCGAAGAGCAACGCUGCCAGGCCGGAUACAGAUUACCCACUUCGCGUGCUUUAUUGCGGAGUCUGUUCAUUACCAGUAGAGUACUGUGAAUACAUGCCAGAUGUUGCUAAAUGUAGACAAUGGUUAGAGAAGAAUUUUCCGAAGGAGUUUGCAAAGCUUAGUGUAGGCAAUUCCCCCAAACAAGAAGCUGGAAUCAGCGAGGGUCAAGGAACGGCAGGGGAGGAGGAGGAAAAGAAGAAGCAGAAGAGAGGUGGAAGGGGUCAGAUCAAACAGAAAAAGAAGACUGUGCCACAGAAGGUGACAAUCGCCAAGAUACCCAGAGCAAAGAAGAAAUACGUCACCAGAGUGUGUGGCCUCGCCACCUUCGAAAUUGAUCUUAAAGAAGCACAAAGAUUUUUUGCUCAGAAAUUCUCCUGCGGUGCCUCAGUCACGGGGGAGGAUGAGAUCAUCAUUCAGGGAGAUUUUACAGAUGACAUAAUCGAUGUCAUUCAGGAGAAGUGGCCAGAGGUGGAUGAUGACAGCAUUGAAGAUCUCGGAGAAGUAAAGAAGUGA